GCAAUUGUCAUUGAAGACAUCUCGUCAAACAAUUUAUUUAGCCGCUUUUAGAAUGAAUGAAAACAAACCCAUAUCGGAGAAAGAGUUAUUGGCUGCAAUAAAAGACCUUUUAAAAAAGAAUGGCCACUUAAACAAAUUAACAGCUGAGAUGCGGGCAAAAGUAACCGAAAUUCUGCAGCAGAGGCAAACAUCAGGCGAUAAGAAGUCAGGCCCGCCUGCACUAUCCGAAGAAGUACUUCUUGUAAACGAGUUAGUAAGGGAGUAUCUUGAAUGGAAUGGCUACCUUUACACCGCAUCGGUGAUGGCCUCCGAAGCAGCCAUGCCUGUUAAUAAGAGGACGCGCUCUGAGCUAUGCACCGACGUCGGUGUGAGAGAUGACGAAAAGUCAUCAGCUUUACCGCUGCUCUCGAAUAUUGUUACUGCUUACACUGAGAGAAUUAAGAGGAAGAUCAGCAAAAGUAAGAAGUAGUGUUCAUUGGAAUAUAUUAUUUUUAAUUAUAUAUGUUUUUUUCAUGUUGUACUAUUAAUAUAAAUUUUGUUUUCAAAUAUAUAAUUACAGUCAUUGGGCCAAAAAUGGUAACCUAUGAU